GUGAGUGCUGAGCUGCUCUGACUUUAUUCUGCACGAGAAGACUGUGCUGCUUGCAAGAAUGCUGUCCAGUUUCAGUGAACUGCUUGGAGAUACCAUAACAUCAUAUUUACUGUGUUUUCUUGUAUUCAUAAUAUUUUGCUGCUUCUUGCUGACUUCUUCUAAAGAUUCCAAAUACAGCUUCCCACCUGGCCCCCGACCACUGCCUCUGAUUGGCAACCUGAAUAUCCUGGACAGGAAACUUCCAAAGAAGACUCUGAUUCAGCUCUCUGAAAAAUAUGGCAAUAUGUAUACAUUUCAUUUGGGGCCUGAAAAGCACCUUAUUUUAUGUGGCUACAAAACAGUAAAGGAAGCUUUGGUGGAGCGGGCAGAUGAAUUUGGAGAACGAGGUGAAACUGUAUGGCACAAUGAGGUCACCAGAGGAAAUGGAAUUGUGUUUGGCAAAGGAGAAUCGUGGAAAGCUAUGCGUCGUUUUGCCAUCUCCACACUGAAGAAUUUUGGGAUGGGCAGAGUCAGCCUUGAGGAGCAAAUUGUUGAAGAAUGUCAAAAAAUGAUGGAAGUUUUUGAGUCAUACAAAGGCCAAGCAUUUAGUCCAAAUAACAUCUUAAAAUUUUCAACCUCCAACAUCAUUUUCAUCAUUGUUCUUGGAAGGCGGUUCGACUAUGAAGAUUCUGAUUUGCACAGAUUGCAAAAGCACUUAAACGAAUACCACAGAUUUCUUGGCAGUCCACAGCUGCAGCUUUACAACAUGUAUCCAUUUCUGGGAUUUCUCUUGUCAGACCUCAAACGUGCUGCUGAAAACAUAACUGAAUUUAGAAAAUACUUUAAUAUCGUUUAUUAUGAUCACAAAGAUAAAGUGGACAAGAAUGACUUGAGGAGUUUCACAGAUGCAUUCUUGCUCAAACAGCAGAUGGAGGACACCUACUUUAAUGAAACAAAUUUUGAAAUUGUUGCAAUAAAUCUAUUUGCUGCUGGAACAGAGACUACCGCAAUUACUCUGGCUUGGGGAUUGCUCUUGAUGAUGAGAUAUCCUGACAUUCAGGCAAAAGUACGGCAAGAAAUAGAAAAUGUCAUUGGAAAUGAGCGUUGUCCAAGGUAUGAAGAUAAGAAGAACAUGCCCUACACAAAUGCCGUUCUUCAUGAGAUCCAGCGGUUUGGAGACGUGGCGCCGCUGAACCUGUUACAUCAGACCUCACAGGAUACAACCUUCCAAGGAUACAAAAUCCCUAAGGGCACAAAAGUGAUUCCGCUCCUCUCCUCAGUUCUCUUUGACAAGACCCAGUGGGCCACCCCGUUUGAGUUUAACCCGGCUCACUUCCUGGAUGCUGAUGGCAAGUUUGUCAAGAAAGAUGCUUUCAUGCCCUUUUCAGCAGGUCGUAGAGCAUGUCUUGGAGAAACCUUGGCCAUGAUGGAACUCUUCCUGUACUUCACUCUGUUGAUGCAGAAAUUUAAAUUCCAUCCAGCACCAGGUGUUGCUGUUGAUCAGCUUGAUAUGUCACCAUCUCCUGGCUUCACUGCUAGCCCACAGCCCUUCCAACUGUGUGCUGAAAUCCACUGAAAGAUUCUCCAGUCUGCUGACAAAUCUGGUUUUAAUAUAAUCUUAUGGUUUUCAAUGUAAAUAAAAAUGAUUCUUGUUAGGAUGAUGCAGAUCAGGGAAGUUGUAUGAAAUUUAAAUGAAGAGAACUAAAGGACAAGUCUUUAAAGGAAGGCCCUCAGUGAGCCUUUGUUUUAUUUGAAAGUCAUGCUAUUUGAAUGAUGUAAUGUAUCAGUAACAAAAAUAAGAAACAUUAAUCAGUACCAACUAAUCACUACAAAAUAAACUAACACUGUAAUAAAAAGUA